AUGAGAUUGCUACGAACGCGUCGGUAUGGCUUCAUCAGGCCAGGAAACUUCGUGGUUAGCUGCGUCGCGGUUGCUGCGGGUUUUGGUAUGCUUCUUCUUGGGUAUGAUCAAGGUGUAAUGGCUGGCCUUAUUGGCUCCGAAGGAACUCCCUUCAGCAAUACAUUUGACAAUCCGGACGCGACAUCUCUUGGAUUGAUGGUGGCUAUCUACGAAAUUGGCUGCUUCGCUGGAGCAGUCUUCUCAUUCAUCUGGGGUGAGACGUUUAGCCGACGCACCUGCAUCUUCAUUGGAGUGUUUAUAAUGUGCAUUGGUGCAACCCUACAGACUGUGGCUCAUUCUAUGCCACAACUGAUUGCAGGCCGUAUCAUAACUGGGUUGGGAAACGGCCUCAACUUUUCUGCAAUUCCCACUUGGGCAUCUGAGAUCUCGGGCCAUGAGGACAGAGGAAGAGUGGCAGCUUUUAAUGGAUGGCUGAUCAUUUGGGGUGUCGUUAUUGCUUACUGGGUGGACUAUGGCUGCGCAACGUACACAACGGACAUGCAAUUCCGGUUUCCCAUCGCUUUGCAGAUGCUAUUCGGUUUGAUCAUGGCGGCCAUGGUAAUUUUCUUGCCCGAAUCUCCACGAUGGCUCAUUUCCAGAGGAUACGAUACGGAAGCGAGGGAGGUCUUGGAAUGGAUCACUCCACGGGUCAAAAACACGAGCGAAGCGCAGCACGCCACAACCGUCGAGGCCAUGCAUCAGAACAUUAUAGUUACCCGCGAAGCUGAAAGAGCGGCCGAAGGAGAGUUCUCUUAUGCAGAGUUGCUUCAUGGCGGGGAAAUGCAGAACUGGAGACGUAUGGCGCUUUGCGCAGGUGUCAUGGCUUGCCAACAAUUGAGCGGCAUCAAUCUCCUCACAUACUACAUUUCAUACGUCCUCGAAAACUCGGUCGGUCUAGACAGACACACAUCACUCCUCAUGGGGGGCUUCAACGGUCUUGAAUAUUUAGUGGCAUCUGCGAUCCCUAUCUGGACCAUUGAAAAGUUCGGCCGCCGUAAGCUUCUUCUUUUCAGCGCAUCUGGACAAACGAUUUCGAUGACAAUCCUUGCCGGAGCGAUCUGGUACGUUACAAACAGACCCGACGGAAGUGCUAGCUACGGAAUGGGAAUUCUGGCUGUCUUUUGUUUCUUUCUGUUCAACACAUGCUACGCACAAGGAUUCCUGGCCAUUCCAUUCUUCUACCCUGCGGAAAUUACAACUCUGCGGACUCGAAGCAAGGGUGUCUCGAUAUCGGUGAUGAGCAACUGGCUUUUCACUUUCUUGGUAGUCAUGAUCACGCCAAUCUGCACGGCGAGCAUCGGUUGGAAAACAUAUGUUAUCUUCGCCGUACUGAAUAUCUCCUUCAUCCCGUUCAUCUACUUCUUCUUCCCAGAAACCGCAGGCUUGUCUCUCGAGGCUCUCGACUCUGUCUUCGACCACUCAGGGCGAGUCACCCGCGGCGUUCUCGAUAAACAGCACCGGAAGCAGAUGUUGGCGAUUUCUUCGACAGCCGCGGUUGAAGAAAGGACCCAGGAGAUUCACAACCUCAAGACAAUGGCAAGCGCUGAGGUCGAGUGUACGGAAACAGCCUAA